CACUUUCCUCGCGUCGGUGGAAAAAGGGAAAGCGAAGGCGGCGGAGGAGGAGGAAGGAGGAGGGAAGGCGUCUUUGCUCCUCUGCGGGUUCCCCUGGGGAGCAACCUCCCCCUACCCCUCCUCCGCCAUGGCCUCGGAUGGGAAAAGGGAGCCCGAUAACGAGGGCAGCAUCAAGUUAUCAGCAGAUGUCAAACCGUUUGUCCCAAAAUAUGCUGUGCUUAAUGUGGCAUGGUCAGAAUCCUCAGACGCAUGUGUCUUCCCUAACUUCGCAACUACAUGCUAUCCAUUUGUUCAGGAACUACCUGUGACUGAACAGAAGGCUUAUACCGAAGAUGUCUCUCUUGGAUCUUCUUCACCUUUCUCAUCUCAGUAUUCAUCUGCUGAUAUUGCUGUUGAUCAUCAGUGCACCUCUUCUCAUUCACCUGUGUCUACACAAAGUGUUUGUUCAGUACCUGGCUCACAGUAUGAUUAUAACCACCCUAAAUGUUAUAGUAAUGUGCAAAUAGUUAAAUCCAGAGAUGAACAAAUUUGUUCUGUCCCACAAGAAACUAAAAGCCUAUUUAAGAAAAGAAUGACAUGUAAUGAGCAAAAAUUAAACAGUAAAGUGACUGAAGGAAAUUCAUUCUCUGCUAUAAAACCAGCUAAAGGUUCCCAUCAGAUUUAUACCUACUCUGAAGGUGGUUCAAAAUCAGAGGUUUAUCAUAAACGUGCAGACCGGAGACCUAAAACCAGCCAAAAAAAUGUGUGUUCUUCCAAACCUGAAUUUGAACUUAAGCUGUUGGAUUUUCCUAAACUGCAAGGCUCUCGGAACAGUGACAUACCUGAAGUACAAAAGCAACCCAAGUGGGGACCUUUGAGCUCCACUGCUAGUGAUAUAUGCCUCAUAAGAGAAGUGGUGAAACCUACAUCAAAGGAAGAAUUAGUUGUGAAAGCUGAAACAGCUACAUCUGAGCCUGAGAAUGACACCAAUUCCCCCUCUUCUACAAGAGAGCUGUCUUGGACACCAAUGGGUUAUGUUGUUCGGCCAACAACCACUGAAGCACCAGCCCUUAAAAAUGUUACUUCACUGGUAAACACAAAGAAAAGUGGUUCAUCAGUAACCCCUAAGAAACUUACUGCAUCAUUCUCAUCACCUGAAGUUCUAACUACCAAUGCUUACAACAAAGAAAAACAAAUAGCUCAGAAUUCUAAAAAGACAAAAACCAACAAUAUGUGUGAAAUUGACCAGGAAGAAAUGAGAAAGAACAAGAAAAAGAAAAAGAAGCCUAAAGCAAAUUAUGGAACGCUUGUGGUCCAGGAGCCACCAAGAAUUGAAGAUAUUGAAGAGUUUCCUAAUCUGGCAGUUGCUUCUGAAAGAAAAAACAAACUGGAGCCAUCAAAAUGUUUAUCUAAACACCAACCAGAGAAUUCUGAAGAACUUGUUAACCAUACACUGACUUCUGACAGAAGAAAUGGACCACAGUCGUCAAAAUUUCACUCUAAACAGCAACCAGAGACUACUACAAAAAAGUUUGGGAAGAAGAGUCAAAUUCCAGUGAAGUUGGAUUUGGGAGGAAUGCUGGCUGCAUUGGAAAAAAAGCAGCAUUCACAGAAUUCAAAACAGUCUUCCAAACCUAUUGUAGUUUCUGUUGGUGCAGUCCCAGUACUUUCCAAAGAAUUAGCAACAUCAGUGAAAAAUCACCGGUUAAAUCAAGUGAUGUCUCCUCAUAAUCCAUUGGAUUCCAGUUCUCCAUUAAUAAAGAAGGGCAAGCAAAGGGAAGUCCCAAAGGUCAAAAAGCCAACAUCCCUGAAGAAGAUUAUUUUGAAAGAGCGAGAAGAGAGAAAACAGAAACAUCUCUUAGAACAGCUUUCCGUUCCAGCCUUUGCUGAGAAGAUUCAGCAAGAUUUGGCGAAUAAUGUUAAUAAUAAGUCAGCUGACCAGGUUGCCCAGCCAGAUUUUGAGCAAAUAGAAGAAACAGAAGAAUCAGUCCCUAACUCUUCUACUGUUGAAGUGGAAAACACAUCAGAAGAGACCCUAGGUGAACGCCAGCAGGAUGCAGAAGUUGGCCACAUUGUUACGCAGCCAGUUCCUCCUUUUCCAAAGAUCCAUAGUAGGAGAUUUAGAGAUUACUGCAGUCAGAUGCUUAGUAAAGAAGUUGAUGAUUGUGUGAUGGAUCUUUUAAAAGAACUGGUACGCUUUCAAGAUCGUAUGUAUCAGAAAGAUCCAGUAAAGGCAAAGACCAAACGUCGGCUUGUGAUGGGACUCAGGGAAGUGCUCAAACAUCUGAAACUCAAAAAACUAAAAUGUGUUAUUAUUUCUCCAAACUGUGAAAAGAGCAAGUCAAAAGGUGGGUUGGAUGAGACAUUGCAUACCAUUAUCGAUUAUGCCUGUGAACAGAAUGUCCCAUUUGUGUUUGCUCUCAACCGAAAAGCUCUGGGGCGGAGUGUAAACAAAGUAGUACCAGUCAGUGUGGUAGGAAUUUUCAGCUAUGACGGUGCGCAGGAUCAAUUUCACAAGAUGAUAGAGCUUACGAUGGAAGCCAGACAGGCAUAUAAGGUUAUGUUAGCCACUUUAAAAGAAGGAGCUGAAGCAGUAGAGACAGAGAAUCCUCUACCCCCAUCGCUUACUCCACAGGGCCAGAGUUGCUCUUCAGAACUUAGUAAAACAACUGACACAACAAAAGAGGAAGAACCAAAUUACAUUAAAAUCUGGAAGAAAAAUCUUGAAGAAUAUAAUCCAUAUGCACUGGAACUAGAGAAGACUUCAACCACUGAAAUGCUAAACUUGAAUUUAUGAGAAAAGAAUACUUGUUUUGGGGUGGAGGGGUAGGGAAAAGAUGAUCAUUUUGUGUUCUCUCUCCCCUUUUCUCCUCAAUUCUUUAUGAACGUUUUAAAAUAUUUUGUAUGAUUAUUUAAUUUCAAAAUUAAUUGAUGGUUUAAUACAGUAUUUGUUGAUAAAUGAUA